AUGGCUAGAAAUCUUAUCUUCGUGCUCGUCGCUCUCCUAGCAACCACGACCCUCUGCCACGGAGCCCGGCCGUUCCUCACAGCGCUACUGACCUCCGAUCCCUAUGCCGCGCUAGCCGUUGUUGAGGCGGGGAACGAUCGACCGAAGAAUCAAAUAGCAGAGGCAGAUGUGGUCGCUGCUGACAGCGAUAACACUGCCAGCGUUGCCGGAGCUACAGAAAUCGUCUCGACUGCCGCUGAUAACGACAACGUGGCAUCAGCAAUCCAUGGGACGAUGACAGCUGACGUGGACAGCGAUUCCGUCGGAUUCUUGACGGCAUCCGUCUCCCUGCCAGGUUCUGACAACGUCAUCGCCGCAUUGAACGUUCCGCGCAGAAAAGGCUCCUUGGUCUCCGUCAUCGACGACCCCACCGAUGACACUGCAUCUGUCGGCGCAUCCACAUCUGCUGCCGUUAUCGAUGCUGACCUGAGCGAUAAUACCGCGUCUGCUGCGACAACGGUGAAAUUCGACGACCCCACCGAUAACACCGCCUCUGUCGGCGCAUCCGCCGCGUCUGCUGCUGUUAUCGUGGAUGACCUCGGCGAUAACACCGCGUCUGCUGUCGCGACGACGGCGACCGUCGACGACCCCACGGAUAACACCGCGUCUGUCGCCACAUCUGCUGCGACCGUCAUCGACGACCCCACGGAUAACACCGCGUCUGUCGCAUCUGCCGCAACUGUCGUCGACGAUCCCACCGAUAACACCGCGUCUGCGCGGGAGGGGGCAACCACGACGGCGUACGUCUCCCUUCCCGGGUCAGACAACGAAAUCUAUGCGUACCGCGUUCCUGCUCGCCGGGAAGGCAUGCUGGUCGUCGUGAACGGCGAGGGCAGCAGCUAA